ACUCGGUAACUCGGUCGCGUAACGCGCGUCAGUCAGUUGCUAUGCGUCCGGGUGAGGUGGUGAACGCGGCGCGCGACCCGAGAACGGAUCACCGUCCCUGAAGGGAACGGAGAUCGAGUCUCGCGCUCUCAUCCCGACCGGGAAGCGGCGACGACGGCAAUAACAACGACUGCUAUUACGACGACGACGACGACGACGAGGAGGACGAGGAGGAGAGGCGAACGCGUAUAUUCACGCACUGUCCGAUCUUUUCCCCGACGACGACGGCGACGACGACGACUGGGACACCCUUCAUGCGACGGUCGCGGGCGCCGCGGCACGAUUAGAUCCACGAGCACAUGGUCCGGCGAUCGCGAUGACCAUGAUCGCGAACCAAGCUGCGUUGAUCAUCGGCCUCGUCUUCGUCGUCCUGGCGGCCACUUUCGAUCGUGGUGAAGCGAUAAUAUGUUACCAAUGCAACAGCGAGUAUGACCCCAGAUGUGGCGACCCAUUCGAUUCGUACACUUUGGGGACUGUAAACUGCAGCUUUCAACCUCGUCUGGAGCACCUCAGUCACUUGGAGCCUACCCUUUGCCGAAAAAUCAGUCAAAAAGUGUACGGGAAGGAGAGGGUCGUCCGCAGCUGCGGCUACAUCACGGACGCCGAGAAGGACAACGGCGAGUGCCUUAUGAGGACCGGCACCCACGAUGUGCGCGCUAUAUAUUGCUCGUGUACCAGUGAUCUGUGCAACUCCGUCGAGAGUCUCCGCACGCCGUCCCUACUGCCACUGGCAUCCCUUCUGACUGCCAUAUUGGCGACACCGAGUCUGCUCCUAUCGUGCCCGAUCGUGCCAUCUCGUAUCUCCCUCUCAGCAGCCUAAUUCUGCCUAGUUGUUCUUCAAGUCGUACCCUGAAAAUCUGAGAUUCCAUCCCCGGCCCGUCGUCGCGCCGCACGGACCGUUCGUAUACCUUGGAUUUACUCCUCACUCCGUUAUAUUGAUCGAUCGAACGCCAGUCGAUCGUUGUUGUCAAUUUCCCUACUAGCUACAAUUUUCCCGAUAAGAAGAUUGCGAGAUGACGAAAAAAAUCUUCUUUGUUGGAUGGAUCACCUGAUCUUCAGAUAAGGGUUCGAUACAGCCAAAAUACUUAAGAUUUGGAUUGAUGACUUUGGAAUAAUUAGAGAUACUUCAAUUAAAAGCGAUAAGUAGCCUUAGACUUAGUAACGUAGUGAUUUCAAAAUGAGUUAGAGUAAUAAGUAUGAUGGAUUGUGAUGGAUAAGUAUAAAAUAAUGGAUUGCGAAAGAAUGGCUGUAUCGUACGCUGCUGGGGAAAAGUCGUUGUUCCGAUUUUAAAGGUCGUAUUCAUAGUUCGUCGCGAUUCAAUUUGAGAUCCAAUUUGAGCUGAGUUUGAAUCAGUCUUUCAUUUGAAAUACGCUUCUCAAACCACGAUUUAAUAAAUCUGAUUGGUUCAAUCUUUAGUACAAAUCUAGCUCUCGCCUGAAAUGAGGAUUAAUCGUGGAUCGAUCUACGGCAUAUGAAUACGGAUCUAAGCCUAUCAACAAUUAUACCGGCUUUCGGCCUAAUUAAAUAGCGUCAGACAAUUGAGGCACGUCAAUCUUCACGCCGCCAACGAAGGAAACUUCGCACCCAAGCAAUAUUGAAUUUUUCCUUCACUCGUUCCAAAGCAGCUAGCUAGCUCGAAUUAUACAACGAAUCCGAUGCGUCGCCCCCCUGUACUUCUCAGGAUUUCGAGAUCGGCUUCUCAACGCGAGAUUAAAAAAAUCCCGAUUUCUCGCGCACUUGCAUUCACGAGGGCCUUUUUGAUAAUUGUUCUGAAGGACGAAGGACGACGUUCAGCUAACUUCUCGUAGAUAAUUUAAAAUUUUUGCCGCUAACGAAGAGAUUUUAGAUUUUAAUCGACCCCUCGAAUGGUGUCUUCGGCUGCGAACGGUCCGUAAUGUAGCCAGAUUAAUUAACGUAGCGUAACGGUGAUAACUGCCAGAUGCGCGAGGGCGACAUUUCAGUAGUAUACAUAUCUCUGCGAAGAAAAAAAACCAGGAGAAAACGUAAAAAAA